GUUUUUCCCCUCAGCUCAGCCGCACCGCGCAGGCGCCUCGGAGCCCAUUCAUUCGAAAUGCGUAACAAUGAGCCCCGGGGCCCAGCGGCUCCGCGAGCUUCCCAGCUCGGCCCGAGCCCCUCUCGGCCCCCAGUGGAGGCGGCGCCUCAUUGGGGUCCCCCACCCCCGGCCGGCCACCCACUCGGGACCAACCUCCGACCCUCCGCCCACACUCGCGGAGUUGAAGUCAAACUUUCCUGGGCAGCCCCGGCGCCGCGUCGGCCCCUUCCCCCGCCCAGGCCCGCCCCAUCUCCGCACCCGGCCGGGCCACCCACCGCGCAACCCGGCCCAGAGCGCCGACCUCGCCGACUCCUCCCAGCCCCGGCCCCAGAGACCCCCCUCGGGCCGCGCCGCCGCGAAGCCCAGGUUCAAUAUAGGAAAGCCUAGGAGACCAAGAAUUGCACAGGAAACCAAGAGAUGUCAGCUGCCUGGGAGUUCUGCUAUGGACUCACCAGGUACAAGGGACAUUGUUCACAAGAGCGGAGGGAGUGGACACUCUUGCACUGCCAGUAGCACGUGCAUCAGCACAGGUCAAGAGGGCUGGGAGUAUACAGUGAACUCCGUAAAAAGAAAGGCUACUCCCGAGAACCAUCUCUAAGGAAAAAUCCUAUACAUGGAAAAGUAGUCUGUGCGCACAGACACAAAACCUGCUCCCCCCCACUGGAAAAAUAUGGAGCCCAAACCCCCAAAAUCGCCAGUGGAGACCAAUUAACUCAUAAUGUGGAUGUUUACCUAACAGAAUGUUACAAUUUGAUAAAAUGAGAAAUAAAAUAAGAGCCUAAGGUACAGUAAAUGAAA